AUGUGUCUUUCAGAAACGGAGGACUCAUCGUCGCCGCACGCGGACCCCACGCCGAUGUCCGCGAGCGCCCUUGUGGACUGCCAGUUUGGGUCCUGGUACCCGCGCUAUGCGGCGCUCGCGCCGGAGGCCGAGGUGAUCCCUCUGAGCGACGAAUUUGCCGCGUUCCUAUUGGAAGACGGCAUCGUGCUCGCCGAUGACUCGGACGCGUUCCCCCGCCGCGCCCAGCCGCCCGCGGCCGGCGUAAUCAUCGACGAGGAUGACUACCAGCCGGAAUUUUCAGGGUCGGACGAUGAUGAAGAUGACGGCGGCGGCGACGGCAGCGGCAGCGGCGCCGACACCGGCGGGCCCGCGGGCGCGGCGUCGCCCGCGGAGCAGGUCGUGCUGCUGCUCAAGUCCUCCCCCCGCGCCGCGUUCGACCUCGAACUCUGCGACCGCCUCCGCGCCGGCGCCGGCUGCGCCGACGCGGCGCCCGCGCUCGCGCUGCGCGCGUGGCGCGACGUGCCGCCGGAGCGGGAGCUGCGGUGCUUUGUGCACGGGCACCGGCCGGUGGGCAUCUGCCAGCGCGACCUGGGGCAGGCGUUCCCGCAGGCGCCGGGCGCGGGCAGCGGCGAGCGGGCGCGGCUGCGGGACGCGGUCUACGCCCUCGACGUCGUCGUGUCCCCGAGCUAUGACGUCACAUUAGUCGACGUCAACCCCAUCGCCGACACGACGCAGCCGCUGCUGUUCGACUGGCAGCAGCUGCCGUACGGCCCACGCCCCGGGGGCGGCCCUGACAGCGGCGGCGGCGGCGGCGGCGGUGGCGGCGGUGGCGGCAGCGGCAGCGAUGGUGAGCCAAGCGGCGGCGAGCCCGGCGGCAGCGGCGGCGGCGAGGACGCCGCGGGGCCGUCGGCCGCGGCGCCGUUGGGCGCGGCAGCAGCGGGGGCGGGGCCACCGGCCGGCGCGGAGGGCGGCUGGGAGCGCGUGCCGCUGCUGCUGGUGGAAGGUGAGCCCGUCGUGCGGCCGGGCAUGCGGGCGGCGUGCGGCGUGCCUUGCGAUCUGGUAGAGGGCGCGGAGGGGAUGGAGGAGGUGAUACGGAUGAUGCAGCGGCAGCAGCGGCCUGGCGAUGAGGGCGACGAGUGA